AUGGAAGAGUCUGGAGAGGUUUUUCGGUCCUUCUCCUGGACUUUGCCGCAUGGGCAUUGCUUAGCUGGCUACUUCAACAGCAACAAAGAGGCCGAAUGGUAUUCGGACCGACUGCUUCACAAUCUGAAGAUUGAUGGGACGAAGGAUCAUGUGUUCUUCCAGAGAAACAACGAGAAGUUCAAGGCUGAGCUGGAGGGCGCUGAAGUUCCAUUGUCGCAGCUGCAUUACCGAGGGGCAGGGAGUGAAGAUCCGCACAAAGCUGGGCACACAGUGGAGACAAGAGCUCUGCUGGAGAUGCUGAGGCAAGCCUGUGCAAAAAUAGCCCUGUCUGGCAUUCAGAGAGGUUUGGCCGACCUGGAGAACUUGCAUAAGGGUGCAAGCAAGGGCUGGGACAAGCUUUCGCAGCACGCUUGGUGUGGUCGCAAACUUUCAACCACUCUUCAGCAAACGAACCUUUGGGAUAUCUACCUCUUCCUAAUAUGGAGCAAGCACAACCCGAGUUCGAAGAUCUGGGAGCAGUUCUCUGUACACCUUUAUCCCAAGGUUGUUUUCUUUGCUGGUUACUUGCUGGAGGCCUAUGUCGAUGAACUUGCCAACUUGCCACUGGCACCGCUUCCCCUUUUGAAAACCAAGCAUGGAAACAGUCGACGAGUUCCGAAAGUGAACAAAAUCAUACUUUUACAACGCGUGAAGGCGCAAAAGCGCCACAGAGGAGAAGUCAUGCAGACGCACACUGACUUGGCGCCACGUCAGAUCGCACUGAUACGAGCUGAGGCUAAUUUGGAAGUGGCUGAGUAUGUCAAGCUCUUGACGACCGCCUUUGCCGACACGCAGCAUGUCCAGGUGUCCUGGGAUGCGUCAACCUAUGAUGUGGAAACUUUAGUGGCGAUCGCAUACGAUUACAAGAAGAACGUGUCGGGCUACUUACCCAUACAAAACAUCAGCCCCGUCCAGACAGCAGAGUUGCACGAAACUGUGAGGACAUUGGCUGUGCAAGGCCGGAUCACACGUGUCGAGAGUUACAAUACAAUGCGAUCUUUCAGCCAUGCCCUGAACUCAAUUGGGCUUCCGCUUGCCGCCUUCGCAAAGCCUCCAGACCUACUUCUGGGGCCACUCCGGGCGGAGGAGGAACGGGUGCUGAUGAACGGGACCUACUUCAUCUAUAAUACCACGACACAGUCGAUUCAAAGACAGGUACCGACUGCAUGGAGUCUGGCGAAGCAGCCACUGUUGAUCUCGGUGAGCGAUCAGGGACCGCUGAAAUGUCCUGGUCUCGAUCACUUGCAGUUCAAGCUUCGUGGGUUCGUGCUUCCCUUGUAUGAUCAGAGUCAUCGUACAUGGAACGACUUGAAGUCGGCCAUGAGGAGUGUGAAGCUCUUUCGCAUCCUCCUGCAGUUCUCCAUUCUCUACAACAUGAAUUAUGGACCUGGAGGCACCAAGGCUUGGAUGGCCAAGAAGCAACAGUAUGCAGAGGAGAGGGAGGCACUCUUCGGGACGAUCACUUCGCUGCAGACGCUGCAGCAGCAUGGACCACUCGUCAAACUCAUGAGAUGGUUUUCUUACUUCCAAUCGCACCAAUUUUAUGCUGGCGAACACUUCUGGACAAAGAUGCUGAUUGGGGAAGGUGGGCCGCCACAGCAAGGCAUCCAGCCUGAGGCAGUGCUGACACCGGAUAUCUUGGCCGGCAAUCUGGACGAUCGAGAGGAGCUACGACAACUCAAGCUCAAGAUGGGCUCAUGGCGACUUGCACCGUUGCUCGUAACACCAUGGACCUGGUGGAAAAACGAGCUUUUGGUUUCCAUGGCGACGCCA